AUGCCGCCCGUAGCGAAUAGCUCUUUCCACUCUCCAAAUUCAGAUCCAGCACGUGCGCAAACUACCAUUCCCAUAUCACUUGACUAUUCAAAAGAACCAUGCCGAGCAUCAACGCAACUCAUCAUGCGCAAGGCAAUCCCAUUCAAUGCAGAGACUCCACUUGAUCAACUAGAUGACGAAUUUGUGACUCCCACCCAACAUCUCUUUGUCCGUACUCAUGGUCCAGUGCCGGAGCUAUCGGGUCACGAUGAUCAUCAGAUUGUUUUUGAAGGUCAUGGUGUGCGAGAUGGACUUGUAACCUUAACCGUGAACGACAUCAAAACACUGUUCGAAAAAGUAUCAACAACAGCAGUACUCAUGUGUGCUGGAAACCGACGAGAUGGUCUCAACGACGUGAAGCCAACGAAAGGAGUCAUAUGGGGUGCUGGCACGACUGGUAACUGCAUAUGGAGUGGUGCACGACUAUGUCAAGUCCUGGAACAUAUUGGUAUUCCAACAAAUCCUCUCCAACGUGAGCGAAAAAUGCACGUGGCAUUCAAUUCUGUCGAGGCGUGUGAAGAGGACGCCAACUAUGGAGCUUCGAUACCACUUGAUAAAGCUAUGGAUCCGCUGGGAGAAGUCUUGCUAUGUUACGAAUUGAAUGGAAGGCCUUUAUGUCGUGAUCAUGGUGCUCCGUUGCGGGUGGUUGUUCCAGGUCAUAUUGGUGCACGAUGGGUCAAAUACCUAUCCAAAAUCUCAAUUCAGGAGGAAGAGAGUACAGCCUUCUACCAACAGCUAGACUACAAAGUCCUACCACCCUCAGCAAACGAACUCACUGCUUGUGAAUGGUGGAAUAAAUGCCCAUCCAUUCAAGAACUCAAUGUACAAUCUGUGAUUUGCAGUCCAGUCAACAACCAAGUGCUACCAGCAGGGCCCGUCACUAUAUCAGGAUAUGCAUUGAGUGGUGGUGGUCGAGCUAUUGAACGUGUGGAUGUAUCUGUCGAUGGAGGUAAAGAGUGGAUGGUUGCUACACUCAAUAAUGGUCAACCAAAAGCUGGGCCUGUGUUUUCUUGGACGUUGUUUGAAUUGAGUGUUGAGUUUUUGCCUGAACAGAACGAGAUUGUUUGUCGAGCUUUUGAUACUUCACAAAACACACAACCUGAUCAUCCAUUGUGGAACUACCGGGGUGUCAUGAACAACUCCUUGUUUCGUGUCCACGGUGUCACUCAAAGUCCAGAAGUGUAA